AGUAAAUUAUGCUUCCCAGCAGAUUUGCCAAGCGCUGCUUUUGCACCGCCACUGUGUUUUCCGAUCCUCGGCCAUGGCUUUUUGUGGGUUUGGGCAAUCCAGGGGAUAAAUUCAUGGGGACCAGACACAACGUGGGUUUUGAAAUGAUUGAUGCAUUUGCCAAAUCACAAGGGAUCCCGAUGGAUUCUGUCCACUGCAAGUCCAUAUUCGGAAAAGGUUUUGUCAACGGGGCUCCAGUUUUCUUGGCCAAACCUCAGACUUACAUGAAUUUAAGCGGUGAAUCUAGUGGUCCUCUUGCAGCUUAUUAUAAGCUUCCUCUUAAUCGAGUGUUAGUGUUUCAUGACGACAAGGAUUUACCUUGUGGGGUUCUUCGUCUUCAUCCCAAGGGACACCAUGGCAGUCAUAACGGGCUGAAAAGCGUGAUCUAUCAUUUUCAUGGGAACAGUGAAUUUCCUCGGUUAAGAAUUGGUAUAGGGCGACCUCCUGGUCAAAUGGAUCCAAAAGCAUUUGUACUCCAAAAGUUCAAUGCAAGAGCUCGAGAGAGGAUUGAUGCUGCAUUAGAAGAAGGUGUUGAUGCUCUGACACAGGUAUUGUCCAAAGGAUUAACAGAGAGUGCUAGAUCUUUCAAUACAGAGCAGAAGUACAAACAUAUUAGACUCCAAACGAUGCCCGUAUGACUUAACAAAAGAUAUAUGCUCAUUCAAGUCACUCCAUGGCAAAAAAAUCCGAUUGGCUAGAUGCAAACUAUUCUUUGCAGUUUAUGCUGCAACCAAUCCGGGACCUAAGAAGAAGUACCUGACAGCUCAUCGCUGAGAAAAGCCGUUCAGCUAGCUCCGGUUGACGGUUGUGUGCGAGUCUCAGUGGCAGAGCUAUCUAAGGUCCACGGGGGGCCAUGCCCUCACCAUGUAGAUAAUUAUUAUUUUUCGACUAGUCUAAUAUUGUCGCCCCCUAGAGAAUUCUGGCUAUGAUUCAGUAUAUUAAAUUGUGUUUCGAAAUUGUACACCUAUAUAAACGACGUUUGGUUAUACUAAAUCCCAAUAUCUUUAGGUUGUACCACCACUUAAUAUCUGCCGGAAUUACUUAAUUCCAUGCAUUUAUUAAUAUCUGGCAUUCUGCCUAACUGCACUAUUAUCAUUAUAUAUUCUAAAUUAUUGUUUUA